AUGUCCUGCUAUUCUGGAAACUUCUCCUCCCGCUCUUGUGGAGAUCACCUGAACUACCCUCGCUCCUCCUGCGGCUCUUCCUAUCCCAGCCACUUCAUCCAUAGCACUAACUUCUGCUCUCCCAGACCCUGCCACCUGGGCUCCUCUCUCCACAGCGGCUGUCAUCAGAACUGCUACCAGCCCAUCAGAUGCCAGACUUCCCAGGUGGUGCACAGUUCCUGCCAGCGGCCCUGUUUCAGCCCCAGGGUCUCCGGCUUCUACAGUCCCUGCAGGACAUAUGCUGGCUCUCAGGGCUUUGGAUCCAGCAGCUGCCAGUCUCUGGACUAUGGGUCUAGAAGCUCUUACUCACUGAGCUGUGGGUCCAGCAGCUUUAGACCCCAACGCUUCUCUUCGUACGGAUCUGGAUUCUGCCACCAAUCCUAUGUGCCCUCUAGAAUCUGCCAGUCUUCUUGCUAUAGACCAAGCUAUGGCACAGGAUCAGGAUUCUAUUGA